CCGGGAGCUACCGGUUUGUUGACUAUGAGUAACGGGGGAGCAGGAGGCUAUGGACGAGGAGGCCGCGGGCAGGAUCAAUGGUACGACGACGGAGGCCGAUGGGGAGGUUUUGACUGCGACAGAGGAUGGAAUCAGCGACGGGAUUAUGGCUCCGGAAGUGGGAAUGGAGGAGGGAGGGGUAGUUGGAAUGAAGGAUAUGGAGGAGGCCGACAACCUGUCCGAUGUUACGAGUGCGGUGAAACUGGCCACUAUAAGAGCCAAUGUCCGCGCGAUUGAGAAUGAGAAGCGAUUGAAGGAAGAGAAAAAGAAGAGGGAGGAUGAGCAGAAGGCUGCGAAGAAAGAAGAAGCGAGAGUGGAAGUCGCGAGGAAGAAAGAAAAGGAGGAUGAGGAUGCAAAAAGAAAGUGGGAGCUGAAGAUGCUAUUAGCAGAACAAAGGGAGGAGUGUGAAAAGAAGAGGCAACAGGAGAAGAUUGAAUAUGAGAAGAAGUUGGAAAAGAUGGAGCGACUCGUGAGAAAGAUUGACUUGAAUCCGGAGGGAAAAAGGAAAGGAAAACAACAAGUCGUUGAGAUGCGAAGCUCGGAUGACGAGGAAGCUGAAGCUUCUGAUCCUGAAACACCUCUUCGGGAUAAGAGAAAGCGCAGGGACUCUACAGGAGCUAUGGAGAAUAGCCCACCAGUUGACACUCCUCUGAAAGUUGGAAGGUGUGAAGGCCCUGAAGACGAGCAAGUGACCCCAGCCAGCACGAGCAGAAGAAAGGGACGAGGACGAUCGACGAAGGCUGAAGUCCAAGCGAAGCGCAUCCUGAAUGGCAAUGACCCGUGGGAAGGCGUUCCUGCAUGUAGCAAGUACAAGGCGGAGGAAAGUUAUCGGAAAGUGGUGUCGAAAGCACUCUCAACUUUCUAUCCAGAGACUUUGAAAGCGAUGUGUAGAGGAGCUGGCGUACUGUACCUUAGCACCAAGGAUGCGAUCGAUGAUCUCACCGAGACAAGAGUGAUGUACUGGGUACGUGGAAGACGCAUCCUUGGGACAUCAGGCCCCGACACUCAAGCUGUGUGUGACGAGAUAAGGGGCACUGAACAAGUCCGAAACGUCGAUACUGACGACAAGUGAAGCAUGGCAGAUCUUUGGCGAGUUCCUCGCUGCCCGCUGACAGUACGUGGGUAGGACUGAGGCUAAGAGCAU